AACCCACUUCAAGAAACCAAACACAUUGAACUUGUACAUUACAAGGAAUCUUUAUAUAUCGUUUUCAUAAUAAUCUCUAUUUGGUGAUCAAGAAUCUCAUUCAUUUAGUACUAUUUUUCUAGGGUUUUAUAUUCUUCAAAUCCAUGGAAAAAAUCAGGAGAGCAUCACAUGCAGGAUCAUGGUACUCUAAUAAUCCUCAAAAGUUGGAGAAUGAACUUGAUGGAUGGCUUAGGGAAUGUGGUUUAACCAAGUCUCCUGAUGUACGUGGUGUAAUUGCUCCACAUGCAGGUUAUUCUUAUUCUGGCCGUGCAGCAGCCUAUGCAUUUGGUAACAUUGAUCCAACUAACAUUACUCGGAUAUUUCUUUUUGGUCCAUCGCAUCAUCAUUACACCCCUAAAUGUGCCCUUUCAAAAGCAACAAUUUAUAAAACACCCAUAGGCGACCUUCCUAUUGAUGUCGAAGUCAUCGAAGAGCUAAAAGCUACUGGAAAGUUUGACAUGAUGGAUCUAAAUGUUGACGAGGCUGAACAUAGCAUGGAAAUGCACUUACCUUAUCUUGCCAAAGUAUUCCGUGGGCAUUCAGUGAAAGUUGUUCCUAUUAUGGUCGGUGCUGUGAGUGCUGAAAAUGAAGCCAUGUAUGGACGGCUGUUGGCAAAAUAUAUUGAUGACCCGGCCAAUUUCUUUUCUGUAUCAUCAGAUUUUUGUCAUUGGGGUUCUCGGUUUAACUACAUGCACUAUGAAAAAGAACAUGGAGCUAUCUAUAAAUCCAUUGAGGCGUUGGACAAAAUGGGGAUGGAGAUUAUAGAAACUGGAGACCCAGAUGAAUUUAAACAGUACUUGUUGGAAACUGACAAUACUAUUUGUGGUCGCCAUCCAAUCAGCGUAUUUCUCCAUAUGUCAAAGAACUGCUCAACAAAGAUAAAAAUUAAGUUUCUUCGAUAUGAGCAGUCAAGUCAGUGCAAAAGCAUGAGAGACAGCAGUGUGAGCUAUGCAUCAGCAGCCGCCAAGUUGGAUAAAUGAAUUCAUUGCGCAUGUAUUUUCUAAUCUUAUUUCCGUACAUUUGAUCUUUGUUUCUUGUCAAUAAGAUGGCAUUUCUGAUUCAUAAUCUUAAAACAUGUUUAUCAUAUCUGAAUGGUUUCUGUGAAAGAACAUAGUGUUUUCAA